AGCAGGGGUGGCUCCGGCAGUGGGAACGCCGCUCAGUGCCAAGUCCCCGGCUCCAGCUCCCGACUCCCAGCUCCCUGUACCCAGGCCCGGGCCACAGCCAUGAACGGCGAGGAGCAGUACUACGCGGCCACGCAGCUUUACAAGGACCCGUGCGCAUUCCAGCGGGGCCCAGCGCCGGAGUUCAGCGCCAGCCCCCCUGCGUGCCUGUACCUGGGCCGCCAGCCGCCGCUGCCGCCGCCCCCGUUCUCCGGCGCCCUGGGAGCGCUGGAGCAAGGCAGCCCCCCGGACAUCUCCCCGUAUGAGGUGCCCCCCCUCGCCGACGACCCCUCGGUGGCACACCUCCACCAUCACCUCCCGGCUCAGCUUGCGCUCCCCCACCUGCCCGCCGGGCCCUUCCAGGAGGGAGCCGAGCCCGGCGCCCUGGAGGAGCCCAACCGCGUCCAGCUGCCUUUCCCAUGGAUGAAGUCUACCAAAGCUCACGCGUGGAAAGGCCAGUGGGCAGGCGGCGCCUACGCUGCAGAGCCGGAGGAGAACAAGCGGACGCGCACCGCCUACACGCGCGCACAGCUGCUGGAGCUGGAGAAGGAGUUCCUAUUCAACAAGUACAUCUCACGGCCGCGCCGGGUGGAGCUGGCCGUAAUGCUGAACUUGACCGAGAGACACAUCAAGAUCUGGUUCCAAAACCGCCGCAUGAAGUGGAAAAAGGAGGAGGACAAGAAGCGCGGCGGCGGGACAGCGGUCGGGGGCAGCGGGGUUGCGGAGCCUGAGCAGGACUGCGCCGUGACCUCCGGCGAGGAGCUGCUGGCGCUGCCGCCGCCGCCGCCCCCCGGAGGUGCAGUGCCGCCCGCUGCCCCCGCUGCCGCCCGAGAGGGCCGCCUGCCGCCUGGCCUUAGCGCGUCGCCACAGCCCUCCAGCGUCGCGCCUCGGCGGUCGCAGGAACCACGAUGAGAGGCAAGGGCUUCUCCUGGCUGGGCAGGUUCAACCACUCGCCGAGGAGGAGCAGAGGGCCUAAAAGGACCCCGGGCUUGGACCUACCAGCCCUGGCAGUUGAAGGGGGCAGCAAUUUCGGGGCCUAGCUUUGACCGAAGGGGAAAAACCCGCUCUCCCAGGCGCAUGUGCCAACUGGGGCCCCGCAGGUAGAUGCCGGCAGAACUUCCAGAAGAAAAAGAGCCAUUGGUUUCCGUAGUAUUGGGGCCCUCUUUUAGUGAUACUGGAUUGGCGUUGUUUGUGGCUGUUGCGCACCUUCCUGCCAGCCUCCAGCACUCCACCUUGGGACCUGUUUAGAGAAGCUGACUCUUCAAAGACCAUGGAAACUGUACUGCACACAAGGGAAAGCUCCCCGACCCACAGCGGGGGAGCGGCACCGAGUGCCUUGAUCUGCUCAUAAACAAGGCCAUUCUUACUCCGGCGACCACUUUAAGUUUAGAAAUAAUUGAAAGAAAAUGUUUGAGUUUUCAAAAAUCCGGUGAAAUUGAUGCCAGUGGAAUACAGUGAGUCCUCCUCUU